AUGGGCUCCGAAAACUACCCCCACCAGACCAAAGGCAUCUUCCGCAACUUGCCCACCUUCGAUCCCUCCAUCAAGGGCAAGACUGCCAUAGUGACCGGCGCCAAUGGCAUCUCUGGCUUCCAUACCAUGCGGGUUCUGCUCGAGAGCCCACAGCGAUGGACGAAGGUCUGGGCUGCGAGCCGUCGUCCUCCACCGCCUGAGAUGAUGAAGCUGCUCCCUGAAGAGGCUCGAUCAAGAGUAGAACAUGUAGCGUGCGACUUUCUAAACAAGCCGGAGGAUAUAGCGAAGCAAUUGCAAGAGAAGGGCGUAAAGGCGGAUACCGUGUUCUUCUACUCGUAUGCCCAGCCAACGCCAAAAGAGGGCGCGCCAGCAUGGAGCAAUGCGCAGGAGUUGUGUGAUGUAAAUGCUGCACUACUUGAGAACUUCCUGAAAGCCCUUGACAUUGCCUCCAUCACUCCAGACCGUUUCCUCUUGCAGACGGGAGCGAAGAACUACAAUGUCCACCAAGGACCAGCCAGAACACCGUUCAUCGAGUCCGCAGGCAGGACCAACAUCGAGCCCAACUUCUACUACCCCCAAGAAGACCUCCUCUUCCAAUACUGCAGAGACCACCCUUCCACUUCCUGGAAUGUCAUCUGCCCAGCCUGGAUCAUCGGCGCAACCACAAACGCCUCCAUGAACGCCCUACACCCCCUUGCCGUUUACGCCGCCGUCCAAGCCCACAAAGGUGAAACCCUCCAAUAUCCCGGCGCAUACGAGAAUUGGCUAGCGACCGGUGAGCACAGCACUGCCUAUCUGACCAGCUAUCUCUCCGAAUGGGCCGUACUCGAAGACAAGUGCAAGAACCAAAAGUUCAACGCCUCCGACACCUGCCACAUCGCCAACAACCGCCUCUGGCCAGAAGUGGCGCGCUGGUAUGGCACGAGCUCGGUCUCGGAACCUGUACUUGAUGAGUCGCAAAUUACAACUCUCCAACCUCCGCCUGGUCCAACGCCUGUGGGUUACGGUCCCACGGCUAAGAUCCGCUUCGCAUGGUCGAUGCAGAGUUGGGCGGCUGAGGAGGUGAAUCAGAAGGCUUGGAAGGAAAUGACGAGCAAGCACAAAUUGACGCACAACCCCUUCGAGGCCGUGAAGGGAUCCUUUGAGUUUGGAGACAUGAUUGUGUGGGCACUGGUCAGUAGUCUGAGCAUGAACAAGGCAAGACGUUUUGGGUGGACAGGCUACGUCGACACGAUGGAGGGCUUAUUCAUGGCGUACGACGAGAUGAGUCGGAUUGGGAUGUUGCCACCGAUGGUGGUGGAGAGGGCGGAGCCGCUUAUCUGA